AUGGAUUCAGAUUUCAUUGAGAGGCUACAAAAAAUACAACUCACGGAAGAAGAGGGUGAAGUAGUAAAGAUAAACUUAGCCCACAGAGAGAAGACUAUUGAAGAAUGUUCACUCACACUGUUAGGCAGAUUCCUAACUAACAGACCAUACAACCAAAGAGCAGCAAAAUCACUACUACGAUCUGUGUGGAAGCUUGGAAAUGACUUGAGGAUCAUGGAUGUGGGGGAAGGGCUAUUUCAAUUUCGAUUUAAGCUGGAGAGCCAAUUAACUUGGGUAUUAGAAAAUGGCCCUUGGAGUUUUGACAACAAUCUUUUGGUUCUUCGACGAUGGGAGAGGGGUAUGACGGCAAACUCGGUCACUUUCCCAACCCUUCCUAUAUGGGUUCAAGUAUGGGGUUUACCUUUUGACUUGAUAAACGAAGAAGCGGGGUGGGAAAUUGGCAAGGGGCUAGGUCACAUGUAUGAGGUAGACAACAAAACUUUCCUAUCGGAUCAAGCUCGUUUCAUCAGAAUUCGAGUUGGGAUCCCUUUGGAAAAGCCGAUUCGUCGAGGUGGAUGGGUUGCAAAUCCUGAGGGAGACCAGGUGCGAGUUGGUUUCAAGUAUGAACGGCUGGUGGGAUUAUGCUACCAAUGUGGUAAGCUCGGCCAUAAGAUGAAGGAUUGCUCAGUUCAGGGGUCCUCACAGCAAGCGGAAAAGCCAUAUGGAGAUUGGCUAAAGGCAGGCUUUCGCCGGAAGGACAUGGGAGCAGACCGGGCAAAAACCAAUGCGCCACCACCUGCACCGGCGUCAGAACCAUCACAGAGCCAUACGAUUGCAAUUAAUUCCCAUGAUGAGGUGGCGGGAAGAAUGGGAAUUAAUGACAAUCAUGAACGGAGAGAUAAUGGCUUAGAAAUAAAUUGCCCGAAAUCUCAUGUAACGUUUUCUCAGAAAAUCCAGGUCGGUGAGGAAGUAAAUACAGAGCAUUUAUGGGGAGCGAAAUUCUUGGAACCGGACAGCAUUAAUGGGGUGAGUAAUAUGCAGACGGGAAUAAGGGGAAUGGAGAUUACCGGUUUAGAGACAGCUGCCAUACAUGCGUUGAAUUCAACGCUAAUCAACAUGCCUAUCAAUUAUGAGAAAUGGCAAACACAUGCUGACCAAUCAAUAUGCAUACAGCAGCCACGUGAGGAGUCAUCUGUUUUGGAAAAGCAUGGUCAGUCACGUGAGGCAACGACUAAUGCAACCUGGAAAAGAAUCAAACGCCCCCAAAAAUCAAAAACAAACCCUAGCCACCAAAGUUUAUGCGGCACAAAGAGAGCCCAACCUGGAGACACGGGCUGUGAAGAAGAAAAGAAUGAAAAAAGGAGUAAAAGAAUGGAAGGAAAGAAAGAAAACCCCAACAACCCAACGGUGGAGGCUGCUAGGCAGCCCCGCUGA